AUGCCAGACUUCACCCUGUACCACCUCCCCGGCUCGAUGUCGACCGCGCCCCACUGGCUGCUGCUCGACCUGGCCCGCACGCAGAACGUGACCUUCGACACGGUCAUUGUCGACGUGCACGCCGGCGCGCAGUUCGACCCCGCCUUUUUGGCCAUCAACCCGAAGGGCAAGAUCCCCGCGCUCGUCGCGCACAACGACCCCACCUCCCCGGGCGUGGUGGUCACCGAGGCGCCAGCGAUCAUGUACUACCUCGCCUCGCGCUUUGCCCCCCACCUCAUCCCUGCCGCCUCGGCGCCAGCAGCCGACGUCGCGCGCUUCAACGAGGCGCUGGCGUUCUUCGCGUCCACGCUCUCCGCCGACAUCCGGAACUGGUUCUUCGCGGGCGAGGAGGGCGAGCGCCUCGUCCCCGGCUGGAGCGGCGCCGACGCCAACACCGUGCGCCGGCUCACGCGCCCGCGCCUGGAGAAGGACUACGCCUUCCUCGACGGCGUGCUCGCCGAGCGCAAGUUCGUCGCUGGCGACAGCCUCAGCAUCGUCGACUACCUCGUCGUCGCGGCCACCUCGCUCAGCACGGGCCUCCUCAGCUUCGCUGGCAAGCACGCGCACGUCAAGGCGCUUAUCGACAGCCUGCACUCGAGCGACGGGUGGAAGGAGCUCGUGGUCAAGGACAAGUUCGCCCCUGGCUCCGGCGACGAGGCUUGGGGCCUGUAG